AUGUCGGAACGCCGGGAUGCUUCUUCGCAAAAUAAUGCACGAUCGCAAUCCACCCAGGCCUCGUCGAUGCGCGGGGAAGAUGAUGCGACGGAAAGAGCCUCGAAUAGAAGUGUGUCCUCAUUUCUUCAUUAUGGCUCGGAAAGUCAAUUCUCGGUCUCAUCAACCACUGGAGUCUCUCGUCGGGUGAACGAUCAACGAUCGGAUCUUGGAGUUUCCACUCGUCAUCAUCGCCUAGUUCAGGUGCAAGGUAUGGAAGAUGAACUGGCCGUCGAUCCAAAUCAGCCUCGCAUGUACAUUUGGGGAACGCGGAUUUGCAUCUACGAUGUGCAAAGAACAUUCCGCUCUUUUAUCACCACGUACACUCUACAAUCGGUUGACGACGAUGAGGUGAUGGCUCGUAGUACGGAAGGACGACGCCACGAAAUCGAUCUAACUGCUCCAUACUACAUGGAACGUUUGGCCGAGAUUCGAGAGACUGCUGUGACUUUCCUGGAUGUCAAUCUGACUCACAUCAAAGACUUCUCCGAGCCACUCUAUCGCAAAAUUAUCGCUUAUCCUGGGGAUAUCAUUCCUUAUCUCGAUAUGACUGCCAAUGAGGUCUAUCUCGAGAAAUACAAUCAACAAUUGCCGACUCCAAUAGAGAUUCGUCCAUUCAACGCUGAGAAAACUCGCUGCAUGAGGAAUUUGGAUCCAGUUGAUAUCGAUCAAUUGAUCACGAUUUCUGGUAUGGUUACAAGAACUUCGACGUUGAUUCCCGAGAUGAGGACUGGUUUCUUCCAGUGUACAGUUUGUGAGACACCCGUGGCUGAUGUGGAAGUUGAUAGAGGCCGCAUCAUGGAACCUGUAACUUGCACAAACUGUGCCAACUCGCACUGCUUCCAAUUGAUUCACAAUCGAUCGCUCUUCCUUGACAAGCAGAUCAUCAAACUUCAGGAAAGUCCAGAUGACAUGCCAGCUGGACAAACUCCACACACGCUCACCAUCUUUGCUCAUGGUAAAUUGGUUGAAUCUGUGCAACCGGGAGAUCGUGUGACGGUGACUGGGAUCUAUCGAGCUCAAGGAUCAAAGACGAACCCUCGUCAACGUGUGCUCAACUCGGUCUACCGUACCAACAUCGAUGCAUUGCACUUUAGGAAAACCGACAUCUCGCGCUUGCACCAAAACAAUGGGGAAAGUCUCACCGAUGAGCGCAUUGCACAAAUCAAAGCGCUAAGUCAACGAGAGGAUAUCAUGGAAAUUCUCGCGAAUGCCAUUGCGCCUUCGAUCUAUGAACAUAUGGAUGUGAAGAAAGGAAUUCUCUGUCUUCUCUUUGGCGGAACGAGAAAAGAGGAUGAGCACACGCAUAAGACAAAGUUGCGCAGUGAAAUCAACAUUUUGCUUUGUGGAGACCCUGGAACGGCAAAGUCGCAACUUCUGCAAUACGUCUUCCAUCUGUUGCCUCGUUCGCAAUACACCUCUGGAAAGGGAUCAUCGGCUGUCGGUUUGACGGCCAGUGUUGCGAGAGAUGCUGAUACAAAACAAUUGGUGCUUCAAACGGGAGCUCUUGUGCUGGCCGACAAUGGUGUUUGUUGCAUUGACGAGUUUGACAAGAUGAAUGAGGGAGCAAGAUCGGUGCUUCACGAGGUUAUGGAACAACAAACUCUAUCGAUUGCCAAAGCGGGUAUCAUUUGUCAAUUGCACGCGAGGACGUCGGUCCUUGCCGCGGCAAAUCCGGUCGACUCAAAGUGGAAUCGCGACAAGACAAUCGUCGACAACAUUCAGUUGCCUCACACGUUGCUCUCAAGAUUCGAUUUAAUUUUCUUGAUGGUCGAUCCACAGGAUGAGAAGUACGACCGCCGUUUGGCCUCUCAUCUGGUCUCGUUGUACUACCGCCGCGAAGGGGAGGACGUCAAUGAGAGAUUUGAUAUGGCUCUGCUCAGGGAUUAUAUUGCUUAUGCCAAAGCUUUCGUCUAUCCUGUCAUCACCGAGGAGGCCUCGCAAUUCCUCAUCGAUAAGUACCUCAGCAUGCGCAAGUCUGGGGCCACUGUCGGACAAAUCAGUGCAUAUCCUAGACAGCUUGAAAGUCUCAUUCGUCUGGCCGAGGCUCAUGCAAAGAUUCGUCUCGCCGAAGUGGUGACCGUUGAUGAUGUGGACAAGGCUUACAAGUUGCACCGAGAAGCUCUCCGCCAGUCGGCUGUGGACCCAGCCACCGGGCGUGUCGAUGUGGGAAUUCUGGCUGCUGGUAUCUCUUCAACAGCACGCAAAUUGGUCACGAAAAUCGCCGAGGACAUCACCGCCUACUUGCAAAAGGGAGCCGCUCAGAAUUUGAACGUGAAGAACCUCUUCACGACAAUGCAUCAAACGGAUCGCUCCCUCAAUCGAAAUCUCUUUGAUGAGGCGAUCACCGAGUUGGUGAAGAAAGAAAUGAUCGUUCGAACUGGCGAGCGAAUUCGAUUUUUGCCCAAAAGGGCU